AAAAAUAAUUAAAGAGAGAACGAAAAAAGAAAGAAGAAAAAAGAAAAAAAAAGGAUAAUAGAAAGUAGAAACGAAAGAAAAGGAAUAUGCUGUGCGCGUACGCAUGACGGUACCGUAAAAUGUUGAUCAUAAAUUUGCGCAGCCGUAACAUAGCGUGGACUUGAAUUCCACUGGAAUUGAAAUUCGUCUUCUACAAGCCAUUAAGAAUUUGAUUUGAGAAAUUUGAACUUUUGAUCCGUCGAGAAAUCUCAAAUCGUCGAAUCGUACACAUUAAACACUGAAAAUAUGGCAUCAAUGGACGGUCUUGUGCCUAUAACCAGGCAAUUCCUCGCUUCUUACUAUGAUAGAUAUCCUUUUCCGCCUCUCUCCGACGACGUUUCUCGUCUUUCAUCUGAGAUUCGCUCUAUGGCCUCUGAUUUAAUUAACCACUCCCCUCCCUCACAAGAGGAGAGAUUAUUGGUGGAAGAAGCAGACCGUGAUCCUAUACAUAAAAUCGAUGAGAAUAUGUGGAAGAAUCGAGAACACAUGGAAGAAAUUUUGUUUUUGCUUGAUCGUUCUCGCUGGCCGCAGCAAAUUCGACAACCAUCUACACCUGAAGAUAGUGAGCUUGCUACUGUUUUUAGCAACAUUAGAGACUUGUUUCAUAGCACUUUGAAGACACUGGAGUCUUUCCAGGUUAAAAAUUCUGAACGUGUAUUUAAUACAGUCAUGACCUACAUGCCUCAAGAUUUUCGUGGAACACUUAUCAGACAACAAAGGGAGCGAUCGGAGAGAAAUAAACAAGCAGAGGUUGAUGCUUUGGUUAACUCUGGUAGAAGUAUACGUGAUCGCUAUGCUUUGUUGUGGAAACAACAAAUGGAUAGGAGGAGACAGUUAGCACAGCUUGGUUCUGCAACAGGUGUAUACAAAACUCUUGUGAAGUACUUAGUAGGAGUUCCACAGGUUUUACUAGAUUUUAUUCGGACAAUAAAUGAUGAUGAUGGGCCCAUGGAAGAGCAAAGAAAACGUUACGGACCGACUUUAUACAGCCUCACAGCGAUGGUCCUUUCAAUUCGACUGUUUCUUUCACUAUCAUGGGGGAGGUUUGAGGCUAGUAAAUUAAACAGGGAUCAAGUUGCUGUCUUAAAACAAGCUGUUGAUGUCUAUACUCAUGAGUUUGUAAGAUUUAUCACCUUCCUCAGUGAGGUAUUUGCAAAUUCUCCAUUCUUUAUUUCAGCAGAAGUUGCUGGCACACUAGAUGCAAGAACAAAUGAUGAAUUCAAAGAAAUAAGUGUUCCAGCCGGAAAAACUCAUGAGGUUUCAUUGGCAGUGGACUCGAUAAACUCAUACAUAGCUUGGGAUUUCUCUCUAAUACAAGGCAAGAUAAAUAUGGAUAUUGGAUUUAGUGUGGAGUAUGUGGAUCCUUCUGGUAAAAAAACUCUGAUAUUACCUUACCAGCGCUAUGAGUCCGACCAAGGAAACUUCUGCACAGUUAUGGCUGGAAAUUACAAGCUCAUAUGGGAUAAUUCAUAUUCAUCAUUUUUCAAAAAGGUCAUCCGCUACAAGGUGGACUGCAUACCACCAGUUGUGGAACCAAUGCAAUCCACAAAUCAAGUGGAAGGAUGAACAUAAGCCUCCUUGGUUUUCAAAUUAUGCUUAAUCAUUUCCCAAUAUUCAUUUGUACCAUUACAUUUUUUUUUUUGUAAUUUUCAUCUUGUGAGGCAGACUUGUAAGUUAGACUUUUAAGUUGAUUGGCACUGAUGGUUGGCCAAAAGUAUAGUAAUUGUAACUUGUUUGUAUGUUAACUGACAAUUAUAAUCCAUUCUUCAUACAAUUGUAAUGGAUGCCAGAGCACCAUUUGUAACCA